GGGAGGGGCGGUGCCGCCGCCGCAGGACCGAGCGCUGGGCCCCUGCGCGGCCUCAGAAGAUCUUCAUGUAACUAGCUGAAAAAUGGUUUUGCAAGAUGACAGCACCAACUCUAGCACUGUUAAAAUGGAGACUAUCUUCACUUUGACAUGAUGCAUGAAGUUUGUUAGUAUUUUUUUUUUUUUUACAGUUAUUGUGGCAGGUUACAAAUGGUGUGGGUUUUUAUCAUGAAUCGAAUGAGCUCCCAGAGCAGUUCAUCCACUCAGCGUAGGCGAAUGGCUCUAGGAAUUGUCAUUCUUCUCCUCGUUGAUGUGAUAUGGGUUGCCUCUUCAGAACUCACUUCUUAUGUUUUUACAAAGUACAACAAACCUUUUUUCAGUACAUUUGCAAAAACAUCCAUGUUUGUUCUAUACCUCUUGGGAUUUAUUGUUUGGAAACCGUGGAGGCAACAGUGUACUCGUGGGUUUCGUGGAAGGCAUGCAGCUUUUUUUGCAGACGCUGAAGGUUAUUUUGCUGCUUGUACAACAGAUAACACUGUAAACAGUUCUCUGAGUGAACCUUUAUAUGUUCCUGUAAAGUUUCAUGAUUUGCCAACUGAAAAAAAUGGCAGUAAUAAUACUGAUGCAGAGAAAACUCCCAAAAAGCCUCGUGUAAGGUUCAGUAAUAUUAUGGAGAUUCGACAACUCCCAUCGAGCCAUGCAUUGGAAGCAAAGUUGUCUCGCAUGUCUUAUCCAACAGUUAAGGAGCAGGAGUCAAUAUUAAAAACUGUAGGAAAACUCACUGCAACUCAAGUAGCAAAAAUUAGCUUUUUCUUUUGCUUUGUGUGGUUCUUAGCAAAUUUCUCUUACCAAGAAGCUCUGUCAGAUACCCAGGUUGCCAUAGUUAAUAUCUUGUCUUCAACAUCUGGGCUUUUUACUUUAAUCUUAGCUGCAGUAUUUCCCAGUAACAGUGGAGAUAGGUUUACCCUGUCGAAAUUAUUAGCUGUUAUUUUAAGCAUUGGUGGUGUGGUACUUGUUAACCUUUCUGGAUCUGAGAAAUCUGCUGGAAAAGAUACAAUAGGUUCCCUUUGGUCUCUUGUAGGAGCAAUGCUGUAUGCAGUGUACAUAGUAAUGAUAAAAAGGAAAGUAGAUAGAGAAGAUAAACUUGACAUACCAAUGUUCUUUGGUUUUGUAGGGCUGUUUAAUCUGUUGCUGCUGUGGCCAGGGUUUUUUCUGCUUCACUAUACUGGGUUUGAAGCCUUUGAGUUUCCCAAUAAACUGAUAUGGAUGUGUAUUGUCAUUAACGGCCUUAUUGGAACAGUUCUGUCAGAGUUCCUCUGGCUGUGGGGCUGCUUUCUUACCUCAUCAUUGAUAGGCACACUUGCGCUAAGCCUUACAAUACCUCUGUCCAUAAUAGCUGACAUGUGCAUGCAAAAGGUGCAGUUUUCCUGGUUAUUUUUUGCAGGAGCAGUUCCUGUAUUUUUUUCAUUUUUCAUUGCAACUCUCUUAUGUCACUAUAACAACUGGGAUCCAGUGAUGGUGGGAAUCAGAAGAAUUUUUGCCUUUAUUUGUCGAAAACAUCGAAUUCAGAGAAUGCCAGAAGAAAGUGAGCAGUGUGAAAGUCUCAUUCCUAUGCAUAGUGUUUCACAAGAUGGAGACAGUUGCUGUUCAUAGACAAAAGUUCAAAAAUGGAUUAAUGCCCAGCGAAGAGACAAUCUUCUGGAAAAGUCCCUAAGGAAUCAUGUUUCAGUGCCUAUUCUGAAUUUGUAGUAAAAAUAAGAAGUUUCAGUUCUUUUGAAACUAAACUUUUCUUUUUUCUUGCUUUCAUCUGAUUUUUAUGAAGGAACAAAUUUACUACAUGCCUAUCACUAUAGGGAGUCUUAGUCCAUCUGAGCAACCAACCUGCCUUAUAACACUGAGCUGGUGAAGUUACUUGACAAAAUCAAGAGAACAAAUGCUGUUAAGUGAUUUUCUCACAAUUUUGUUAAAUGCUGGACAAUAUUAUUUUUAAAAAAUACUUUCAAAAGAGUUAUGUAAAUAAGUUUGCAGGUCAUCAAGUCUUACAGGCUUUCAGAUGAAAAGCUAAAUAGAUAUGUUACCUGUAAUAGGUACAAAUUAACUUUUUUAUGUUGUAUAAACUAUUUGCAUAUUAAUAGAAGAAAAUAGAAUGAUAAUUUAUUAAGUGCAUUCUUGUAAUUAUUGAGGCAGGAUCUUUGUAUGGUCCUGGAACACUACAUAUAUGUUGUCUUAUGCCAUUUUGAGAAUCCUUGUAAUGGCAAUGGGUGCCGAUGUUUAAAAAUCUUUUGUUACCUAACAAUCUAGAAUGUUUAAAAUCUUAAUAAAUGGUAACUAUUUCUAGUUACUGUACAUUCAGUAUACAUUCUCAAAAUCAGUGUUUGUUUUAAACAGACUGAUUCUGUAGCCCAUUCUUAUUCCCACUUAUCUCACAUGGAAAACUAAAUUUGGAAAUUUUUACAUGUGUAACUCCAAGUUAUGAAAGAGAUCAAGUUAACGGUGAAAGUUUUCGGUCAAUGGGUUGGUGCUACAGUAAUCUGCUAAACCAUCUGAAAGAUAAAGGUGUUCGCCUUGAUUUCUGCUCCCCACCCCCAGUUGCAUUAAUAAAUUUAUCCUAAAAUUGAACAUUUUCCUUAUAACCUCUAUCUUCCUUUCACUGCAGCAAUUCUGUCCUAUGUGAUUCUGAGAAAUUAUGAAUAAUUACAAUCAGGAAUAUUUGAAAUUAGUUCCAUUUUCCAAUUUCUGGCCUAUAAGACACUUACAUUAAAGUUAAUUUUGGCUUUUGAUGUAUAUUAUUUUUUUAUAAUGAAGAUAGGAUGGAUUUUCAGCCAACAGUACUCUCUUCCACAUAACAAGAUUAUUAAUAAUAGUAAUCCUUUCACUCACAUACAGAAGGGUGACAUAACACAAAUGCUUUUUCAUAUUUGACACUUGGUAAUGAUCCUUCAAAAAUAAACUUUGGUGGCUUGGUUCUACAACUGCUAGAUGAGAGAGAAUGCAGGAAAGCAACAUGCUUAGCUAUACAUUUAAAAGGAAUAAUUAGCCAGCAGCUAGAAUUUAAUGUAAAAAACUGUAAGUAGAGAAGGAAAAAAAAAUUAACCUGGGAGCUAUUCUGGUCAAAUAUUGCACCUCCAUCAAAUUUUUCCUUCCAUUUUGUAAUGUUGGAUUACACUGCAAGUUUCAGUGAUCUGAGGCAUCUCUUUAAGAUAAGAUAGUAAGUCCUGCUUUGGACACCUGGAAUAGGAGUUUAAAAAAACAAACAAACAAACAAAAAAACAACAACAACAACAACAAAAAAACCACAUGGAAAACAAACAACCAAAAAAACAUAAUACAACAAAACCACAAGCCCCAAAUAAACAAGUUUAUGAAACUUAUGUAGGGAGUUUGAGAAACUUCACAUUUCAAUUCCAAAACCCUACAAGUGGAGCAAUUAAAAAUGCAGUAUGUAGAACUAAUUUUACAUUUGACUUCAUGGAGUUUUCUGGGAUUUUUUGGAAAGUGGAGAUUCCGUAGUUGUUUUUGUUUUAGUUUUAAGGAUUUCUGUCCCUCCUCUUCCCUCCCCGCCCUCCUCCUAAAUUUUGACAAAUUAGAGGAUGUUAGUUUCAACUUUUUUCCUAGAAGUAAUGUUAAGGGCCACUGGCAAUAAAAAGCUAAUGUCUGUUUCCAGUUAAUGCUAUGUUUCAAUGAGACCGUACUGAUUAUAUACUACCAGGCCUUAGCUACAAAUUUGAAUCAGCUGGGACUUGUGGAAUCAGUAAACUAAGCCUGGGAAAACUGAGUAUACUUUCAGAUGGGCAAUCACAGUAUUUUUAGCAAAAUAUUAUAAUGUUGUCUUUUGAAAUUGGUCAUACUGAUAGAAUUGGAGCUGUAAUGUAUAAUGGACAAUUGCUAUUUAUAUUUGUCCUUAUGUUCAUAGCUUAAAGUGAAAGAUUAUCAUAGUCCUUAAUGCACUAGGAGAAUGUUCUUAGGUCUCUGACCACAGGAAUGUUGAAGAAUGUUUUUGUUCAGUAAACUCAAGGUUAGGGCCUUACCACUGGUUUUGUUUUUAACAAAAAUGCGUUAAUUUUUUUAAAAGAUAUUAAUGGCACUAGGUAGCUUGAGCCAUCUUUUUGCAUUAAAUUACAUCCUUUAAAGAAUAAAACCAAAGCAAACUGUUCUUCCUGAAACGAUUUUUAAACAGUGGCACCCCUGUAGUUACAAGAAAUGCGUUACAGUUUUAAUUACGGAAGCUAUGACACGCAACAUUGUUCCUGCAUUUAAUAGAAUGUGAUGAGCUUUUUCUAUAAAAUCUUGUGAUUUUUAGUACAGUAAUAUUUUAUAAAUAUAAUGUCUAAUUUGAAAUGUAAAUUGCGUAGCUCUCUAAUGGGUGCUUGGUAAAUGCACAAGAGAUUUAGCUUUGAUUCUCAGGUACCUCUGACGUAAUGGAGACAUUCUGGGUUUUUCUUCCUCAUGACACAACUGGAAUGUGAAGGAACUCUCUCAUAAAUGCUUUGCCUCUGUGUACUAGCAUAAAUUGUCAUUGCUCUUCCUGUUUCAAUUUGGGGAUAUCUUUAUUCUGAUUUACUUCUUGUAAGAAGCACAUACACUUUAAAAAAAUAGGGAAUUUUUAUCUCAAGCAUUUCUUUGAAUUAGAUGCUUAAGGAACAGUGAUUUCUCAUGCCUACAAAAUGGAAAAUACGUACUACAUGUGUUGCUCUGUCAAACAGUUGAAUUAAUUACUGUAACCCUGUGAGACAACCAACAAUUUCUUUUGUGUGUGACUCAGAUUUUGGAGCUGUUUGGGUUUUAUAUAUAGAAGAAAUUAUGAUAAUCUGCUAAAUGCCACAUAACAUGCCUUUGCUUGUAGGGUUUUGGUGAGUCUGCAUAGUUUGAUGUACUGUGUAUUGCAAUCCAGAACAAUGGGAAAAAAAUAUUUCAGUUUUUCUGGCUACUUUCUGUUAGGUUUCAGUCAUGCUGAAAACGUGUUCACUACACGGGAUUGUUCAGGACAUAAAACUAAUUCAGCAAAGGACUGAAAUACAUGCGACAUCAGUACUCAACGAUUGCUUAGAAAGCAUGGGGCACAUGAAUGCCACUGAAGACACUGAGGGCCUGAUGUUUCUGUUGCCCAGUGUGCUCUGCAUCUUUCUUGUUGGCUUUUUGCCUGUGGAAAUACGUGUAAGGGGGUGGGGGCUGUAGUAUGUGACUGAUCUGGCUCGUCUUGGAGUUGGGCUGGACUGGACUGGACUGCACACUGAAACUCAGAAGCGGGGAGGCUAAGGCACUGCCUGGUCAUCUCAUGUGGUGUUGCAAAUGCUAAAGUAUUCUGUGGAAAUAAGGUGUUAAGCGGUGGUAUUCUUUGAAUGACAAACCAUGGUGCUGCAUGUGAUACUUGACCCAGUAUGCUGGUAUAUGCAUUGCAUACCUCCUUGUAAUGUACUAGCAAAAAUAGGAGAGCCUGCAAAUUACUUUUCUUGGUGUGUGUUGUUGUAAUUGUUAUUCUCUUUCAUGAUCCUCAUUGUGCCUAGGUACUACUAUUCACAACUAUGAUUGCUUUAAAUAAGGUGGUAAAACGAUUUCUUUGUAA